AUGGGUCGCCCAAAGGGUAAGCGCAAGCUGCCAAGGAACGCCGACGGCACGAUUCGGAAGGCCCCUUCGCCCCCUGCGGACCCUGCUGUAGGCAACGACUCUCCUCCCUCUUCCGACCAUGAAGGCGCCAAUAUUUCUCCCAUGCACACCAACGACCACGACGACGACUGGCGCGAUGAGGAUGCGGGUGGCGAGCCAGGUCGCGGGCAGGCGAAACUGCCGUUCGGUUCUGCGGUUCGCUCUGCAGCGAGCGCUGCGGUGUCUGCAGCAGCUCGCACAGCAAUGGCGGUGGCGCCCGAAGUCGCGCCGCCUGCGCGAAAAAACGCGGUGCAACCUCUCCACCGGUCGACGCAGCAUCGCCACAGGCGAGCGCGGUGGAGCAAGGAGGACGCCGGGAUGGCGGGGAGCUUGGCAACAUGGCUGGAGCCCCCAGCUCAGCAGCAGGAAGGGCAGCAUGGUUCGCCUCAAAUUAUGGAGACGGAAGGUGCGGUGGAGAUGGAUGUUGAGGUGGGAGACGUUGGUGCGGACAGCAGUGAUCAUGAUGCCGAGCAGAUCUGCAGCCCGCAAGAAGAACAUGACCGCACCAGCCGUGGCAACAGCAGCGAGAGCGAGACCGACAUGCUGGUAUGUUCGGGUGUUGGUGUUCCGCUGGAAGAUUGGUUUGGUGAGGAUGACCAGGCUAGAGCUGCAGAGCUUCUUUAUUCCAGCGGCGAGGACAGCUUUAUCGACGCACUAGACGCAAGCCGCGACCGCUCUCGCGGCCCCGGCGAACUUGACGGAGAGAGCGGCGACAAGGCUGAUGAUGAUGUUCAGCCUCAGGACACCGGCGAAGCAGAAGCUGUGGGAGACACCGGCGAAACAGCAGCUGUGGGAGGAGCCGGGCACGCAGCCUCUAGCGGUACAAGUGGUGAGACCGUCCGAAAAAGUUCGAGGACGAACCUUUUCGACGGGCUGUACGCCGACCCCGCCCGCGCACGAGACGGGGCACGCGGCCGAUGCAGUGGGCCUGGGCGAGGAACACGGGUGGCGUCGGGGGAUGGAGCCAAGGGGAGGUUUGCGGGGUUGAACAAAAAACGAUUGAAGCACAGAAGGCGCGAGGAGAGGAAGAAGACACCGGAACAACGAGCGUGAGAGCGAGAAGCGCGAGAGCGAUCGCGAGAGCGAACGCGAGAGCGAGCACUCAAAGCGCAGAGAAGGCGGGAGAACACGCCGCGAGAGAAGGAGCUCUUGGACAUCUACCAGAAAGUGGUGGACGCUAUCGACAAGGCGGAGCAGUCCAACAGCUACAGCGGUAUUGUGGAGGACCCGACGGAAAUGCUGACGGAAUCUCGUCUCCCGUCCAUCAUGCGUACCGCCUUGGCGAUUCGGGCGUACGCUGUCCUCG